UCAUGAGCCAGCUCUUCGCCAUAGUAUAAUUCGUAAUGUGGGUUAAGGGGGGGGGGGGCUGCUGGAGUCCGCCGGGUGGUACACUCGCAGAGGUUGCCGUGUGAGGGAUGGAUGCUGCUGGGCGGCUGUCUACCGGCUGUGUGAGUGAGAUGGAGGCCGGUAGAACGGAAGAGGGAGAGGCUCGUGAGGAGAGCACCGAGUGUCAGAGACUGACAGCAGAGAGAGAUGAAGCUGAAAGACAACUCAAGCACAUUAAACGAGUUUCCCAAAUGGUCAUCGAGGAGGUAAACGUACUACAGACCCAGCUGGAGAUUGAGAAAUCUUGCCGGGAAAAUGCAGAGGCUCUGGCUACCAAGUUGAACUGUGAGAACAGAAAGCUGAAGUAUUUGAGUCUGUCAUCACGGCCAUGUCUGGAUGAGUUGUUGCCCAGUAUUUCUGACUGUAUAUCUCUAGAAGAGGAGACUGACACACAGGAGUCCAGCUCUGACCCUUUUGCACAAUACAAACAGCAGGUCAAAGAUCUUCAAGAAACAGUGGACUCUUUGCUGGAGGAGAAGAAACAGUUGUCGUGUCAGCUUCAAGAGCAGCAAAGACAGAUAGAUGAGCUGACAGCACUGACCGAAAAGGAGCAGGCAGAGAUGAAGGAGCUUUAUAAAACCAUCGAGCAGCAAAGCAAAACCAUUAAGAGGUUCAACAGGGUGUCUAUGUUGGCCACUCAUGAGUAUGAGAACAUGAAGGAGCAGCUGGAUUUGGAGCAGAACCUCAGGCAGAAAGCAGAGACCUAUGCACAUGAGAUGCUGGUAAAGCAGAAAGAAGCAAACAGGCAGAGCAUGAUUUUGUUACAGCAAGCCGAUCCCAGCGUUCAGCUGCUCAAAGCUUUAGAGGAUGUGACCAAUGUGACCAGAACAUUGGAAGAGGAAAGACAACAGCACCAAGAGAAGGUUAAGGCUUUAGAGAGAGAAUUGGAAGAAUGUGCUUUGCGUAAGCAGCUUGUACAGCUUCAGAGACAACUGGAGAUUUUAGAGGAGGAAAAGAAAGAGACAGAAGGGCGACUGCAGAAUGAGGAGAAGAAAAACAACAUUUUGGAGAAGAAAGUUAAAGAUCUGCAGGAGCUGAGGCGGAGCUUUGAUUCAGCAUCAGGCCCCUCCCCUGGGACUGCUCCUCCCCCUGCUCCUCUUCCUCAGCCACCGCCACCUCCACCACCCCCGCCUCCUCCUCCACCCCCGCCUCCUCCCUCCCGCUGCAACCCCCUCAGCUCACUCAUUGCAAUAAUGAGAAAAUCUUCCAAAGGAGGCAAAGGAUCCCCUAAACCAGAGCAAGCCCCAGCGGCGGCCGAAGCAGAUGAUGUCAAAGUGAAAGCUGUGAAUGAAAUGAUGGAAAGAAUCAAACACGGGGUGGUUCUUCGGCCUGUCAAAGGGCAGGACACUAAGAGGUUUGGCACAAAGCAGCAAAGCCCGGCAGCAGAGGAGAAACCCCAGGAGAGCGCAAUGGAAGAGCUGAAAGGCAUUCUGGAGACGGUGAAGAAGAGUCCAAGUCGUGGCUUUCAGGAGACCGUCCAUGCUAAAAAGGACAGUGAAUUGGAAGUGAUUCUCAGGAGGAGACGGAAACAGGCCUGUGAUCCUGACACCGGAGAUGAUGGACACCUAAGUAAAGUCUCCUCGUCCAGCAGUCUGAACGCUCGGCACAGUUCUGACUCCGGCAAAGACACGGAUGUGGCGGGCAGCAGCUCUCUUUCAGGCAGCGAGCGUGGAUCCAGAACCAGCUCGGACUCCGGCCGAGAACCAGCCGUGGCUCGACAGAUCUCAGAUUCUGGCACAGAGACAAAAGGAGCCAGUCAACCGGACACUGUCCGCAAGUCUAUCCUUGAGAAAGAGCCCCCAAGGCCCAUCACUAACGGAUGCUGUUCAGGUGAAACUAAAGAUGGAGAUCCAGUGAAGUGGGAGGGGUCUAACGGGAUUGGUCAUAUGGCUGCAAGUGGCGACCUGCACACCACCUUCAGCUCUUCUGCACAAAGCCCCGAUGCAGCAAACGGUAGCACAGAUGCUGACUGUUAACAGCAAGUUGCACAGCAAAAGACAGCUCAAUUAUUUGCACAAAACCAUGAUUUCUAAAUUUAUUUAUUCCAAAUUUUAAAACAAAUCAUUUAAAGUUCACAGUUUUGAGACUGGAGUUAAUAACAAUAACUCAUUUAAAAUUAAAAAAGCAAAAUAACAGAUGAACAUGUGACCAGGAGACAGAUUUGUUUUCCCUUUUUCCCGUAAAUGUACUGUAUCUGCCUUAACAGGGUGCUUAGACGUUAGGUACAUUUCUCAUACGCUUUUAUAGGUCUACAUCUCCAUAGCUACGAUUUUGGAUUAAUCUUAUUCACACGUACUUCAAAAAAUGCAAGCAUGUAAACUUGAAGUAAAAUUGAAGUAUGCAAAUGUUUGUGUCACUAAACUGAAUCUGCUUGUUUAAUCGGCUAUAACAACAAUCAAAGUCAUAACUGAAACCUGUUUGACCACACUGCGUUUAUGCGGCAAAACUGUAUACAAGGGAAUCAAAUACAGCCAUAUUUUGAUGCUGCGUGAAAGUAGCCAUGAUUCUUUAAAUUCUGUUUGAGACUUCACCUUUAAUACAAUGCAACAAAACAAUCCUGAGAGAAUAACUGCACUGCACAUUCUCAUCAUGGCACAUUUGCUGUUCCAAAUAAAGGUCUUUAUGGCCUGGUCUAUCUAAAUUAACUGAAAGAUGACACGCAAGCCUUGAAAAGAACUUAAAGCAACACUAUGUAUUUUCCAUGUAAAAAUGACUUACAGCUCCCCCAUGUGGUUGAAAAGCGCAACAGUGCCUGGUAUCAGACACUCUUCUGCAGGCAGGGGGAGGUGCGGGGCUGUGUGCUCUACCCUCCACCGCCACUUUCAGAGUGUGCUUGUAGCAGCUAGGAGGCUGCUCAGGUUGCAGCAACAGUACAAUUUGUCCAGUUAAAAGUUGUUCUAUCACUGAAAUAAUUUUAGAGACAUUAUUUAAAGGUUAAAAAAACUACAUAGUGUUGCUUUAACAUAAAGAGUGGUGGUCUGCUUUGUCUACCUCUUAAGACGCACUCACCUAUGGGAUGUAAGGAAAAUAGGAAUAUGAUCAAAUAAUGGAGGGCUACCAACCCAUGUCUUCCAUGUCUCCAAAAUGCUGCACUGCAUGAAUAAAUGCACAGUUUGGCUUUGAAUUAAAGUUGCAUUGUCAUGAUUAAUACUUAUUGAGCUGCAAUAUGAGCAGUUUAAAUGCAAUAUCACCUGCAAAUUGUAAUAUUGAAAUUAUUAUAAGGCUGCCUUUAACUGCAAGAAUAAUGCUUUGUGGUUCCGUUCGUUUUAAAUUCUGGGAAAUAGACAUGAUAUUAGAGUUCGGGUCAUCAUCACUUUUGGUAAUAACAUAUACUUGUAUGAUAUUUAGCUUUUGGAUAUUGUUUGACAUGACUGACAAAUGCAAUUGUUGACUUAAAAGUCACUUGGUUUGGUUUAUGAUCAUUUCAUGUUAUUUAUUUUUUUCACACUGUCAUCAUGUAAGAAUCUGUUAAAAUAACCAAUGUGACACAUUUACACUUCUCUUUAUUAUGGAGAUCUUUAGUUCUUGAACUUAAAUUUGCUCCUCAAUGUCUCACCACCUCUGGAAUGUGUUUUUGCCUUAUUACUGUAUGCACCAUUUCUCCUUUUCCAGCCUUUUUGGAGUGUAGGCUUGAUUUUAUAUAAGAUAUUUGAAAGGUAACUGAUGUGUUCUUGAAAUGCGUGUGUUUUGAAGCUUAAAAACUGAGUGUACCUGUUUUUAUCUGAAUUGGUCGAAUUCUUCCUGUUUAACAAACCUUUUCAACUCAACUGAAUAAAGUAAUAAAA